AUGGACCUGACCUCAAAUCGCUCUUUCGAUUCAACAAACUCAAUACACGCAGAAGCAACAGUCGCUUCGUCGUUCAACUCCAUGCCACCUUCAGAGUCAAAUUUAUACCAACAGAACCUCGAGAUGGAACCAAUCUUUGCGCAAGCCUUGAAUAGCAUCCCAAGUAAUGCCGGAAAUCCCACAGAGAAAGGCGCACCAGUCAUCUGGAUCAAUGGCUACCCUGGAACCGGCAAGCUCACCGUCGCCACCGCGGUUCUUGGCCUUCUUGGGACGGGUCGAGCUCUCCUGGUCGACACUCACCAGCUCAUCGAUCAAGUAAAACUCUCGCGUCGAAACCCUCGAUACUGGGACGCAAGGAAGGCUGAGAGACAGCUGGUCUUCGAGAAAUACGUACUCUCCAAAAGCCAAAAGGACAAGAUCGUCAUGUUUACCGAUUUCCAAACCGACACAAACAAUGGAGUCGAUACAUCCAUUGAAUAUCUCCAGCAGCACAGCAGGCCCACCGUCCCUUUUUGCCCGUCUCGCUCACCUGCCAGGAGGACGAGAACAUACGCCGAGCGACGAAUCCCGCUCGAUGCGUCAUCACUUCGGGUCGGGUCCUGA